ACGAAUGUUAAAUAUAAAUAAUAAUAUAAAAGGCAUCGGUUAAUUGUGGUCGCCAUUCAUGCUAAAGUUAUGACGACACGUGAAAACGAGCUACAGAUUUUCAAUAGGGGCGAGAAGGUCCUGUGCUACGAGCCGGACAAAUCGAAGGCGAGAGUCUUGUACGACAGCAAGGUUUUGGCCGUUUACGAGCGAAAGGACGCCACGAAUUGGUGCUACUUUGACUACAAAAUACAUUUUCAAGGUUGGAACUCAUCGUGGGAUCGAAAUGUGCGCGCCACGAGUCUGUUAAAAGACAACGAAGAAAAUCGCAAAUUGCAACGAGAGCUGGCAGAAGCAGCCCAACUACAAAAAAGCGGCGGCUACUCGUACAAAGAUACAAAGACGCCGACGGUACCAGCUGCGAAGAAGAAACGCAUGACUCGCGGCGGAGUUUAUGCAGAUGAGCUGUCAGCUGAUCCCCUAGACAUAUUCCAAGCACAGCUGCCCUCAACACCGGAUCCCGAACUGCCGAUGCAGCAGAAGAAAGGCAGCCUAUCGCGGGAUGAUAGCGGCAGUCGGUCGCGAAAUAACAGUGGCAGUCGCAAAAACCUUACAGAAACGAACAGUGAGCCUGAACCGAAAAGGUCUCGGCUUACCAUGCACAGCACACCGAAAAGCAAGGGCGUAGUUAAUGCAGAGAGCCACAUGCACAUGGAGGAUCGCGUGGUGUUGCGUCUGAGCGAACGUUUGCGUGAGUACAUGGAAUACGACUACAACAUGAUCACAAAGUUCGAGAAGCAGCACAACCUGCCCUCCCGCAUGCCUAUCGUCGCCAUAUUGGAGAAUUUCGUCAAGCAGCGAGCCGUCGAGCUGGCCAUCAGCAUUAAGCAGGACAGUUCGCGAGCGCGCAACACACAGAGCCGCAAUGCGCGCAUGGAGCGUGAAUACGAUCGUGUAAUGUCCAACGUCUGCAUGCUCAAGGAAGUCGUCGACGGGCUGCGUCUCUACUUUGAGUUUCAUCUGGAUGAUCUGCUUUACCAAGAGGAAAAGGGCCAUGUAUUGCGCUACCUUUUUGUGGACAACAUGAAUAACAGCCGUGGCACUGGAUUGAAUAAAUCUUAUGAAUUCAUAAAUCCCAACGGUGAAAAUUUGCGCAUCGUACAAGACGAUGAUAUGGAUGAUUUGCAUGCCACCAAUGGCGUGGAUGAUGCAAUUUUGGGCGACAUUGAAUUCGAAAAGCAACUACAAAAGUGUCUUUUUUACAUUUCGAAGAAUAAUAAUAAUAUAGCACACGCUUACGAUCAGCGCACAUCACCGUACACUGCUGCCUAUAAGCUUCCCAUGGAAAUGCGCGGAUUUCUCUGCGAGACAUUUAGCUGGAGUCUCCUGUCCGCCGAGUCUCCGCCGGAGAAGUCCAUGGUAUUUGGAGCACCACAUUUGGCACGCUUGCUGGUUAUGUUGCCCGAAUAUCUCAAUGAUUUGCCUAUAUCAAAUGAGAAGCUCGAAGAUUUGCUCCCACAUCUCGAGUCCUUCAUCAACUACUUGGAGAACCAUAAGGAAUGGUUUGACAAGGAUAAUUAUGUGCAUCCUACAACAUGGGUAAUGGCCAAUACCGGCUAAAAGAUAACACUGGCAAAAGUCGACUUUCAUAACGAAUUCAAUUAAAUCGUACGCAUUUUAUUUUACUUUUAUUAUUGUAUUUUAUUUAUUAUGCAUUUUUAAAGCUUGAUUUUUUGUUUGUUUAAGAAUUGUAGUUGUCAUUUGUUCAUCAGUAUCAAUAUCAAUACAUAUAUCAAUUAUGAUUUUUUGUUUUCAACUAUUCAAUUGUAAAUAACGCGCUUCUAUAAAAAGAACUUUCCUACACAUGUAUAAUCGAAUAAUGUCUAAAACUAGUUGUUAAUG